AUGCUUGUGCCUAUGCGGAGAAGUAGUUCUCCACUUGGUUUUAUUAACCUACCGGUUUCAUCCGUUUCUGAUCGUGCAGAAGUUGGAUGCUAUGAUAUAGUCUACAGUAAUGUCAUGCACCAAAGUCGGAAUACAUCUCGUGAAUCUUUACAAUCUGCAUCGAUGUUGAGCCCACCAUCAACCAGUCAAUUGACGAAGAAUUACUCAUUUUCGACCGAGCAAUGCUCAGAGAAAGAUGCGGGUUCUCAUUCUAUAAGUCGCUCAAUUAUAGAUCCUGGAGGUGACGCACUCGGUGCACAGGAGAAUGAUUCUCUUUUUGACAACACAAUGCGCGUCUUACUCCAGUCCAAUGUUCUGUCUUUAGAUCCAGCCAACACCGUAUUUUGUGGCGAAUGUAACACAGCCCCGGACGCGAAGGAACCUCUGACGGACUCUGCCGCAUCAAAAAGGCAAAAGCUUACUCCAUGUAACUCAUGUUCAACACUUCUGGCGGAAAAUGAUGAGGACCCAAUUGAAAACAAUGAUAGGACGACUGAGUACUUGGCUCCACGAAGUUCUAUUCAACUGGAAUCGCAUAUGGCCACAAAUCAAUGCACUCCAUCCGGCACAACUGUUACACUGGUAGAUGAGCCAUGCCCAUCUGAAUUGUUACCGCUCUCAAUGGGAAUCGCUGCUGAAGCUUCGUCCUGUCAAGGAGCCACAUCAACUAGUGACUCAUGUUCCACAGCAUCGCAUAUGGAUCCGUAUAAUGUAAAUGUUGCUUUCUCGAGCACCGAAGAGUCAAGUCUGCCAAUCAGCACAAUCAGUCAGGAUGAAGAGGCUCCAUCCCUGUUGACGCCUGUGAAUGAGACACAAGGGCUUUCUGCGCAAACUACACCACAACUGAAUUCCGAUGGCCAGUUGGUUGUCACCAAAGGGGUUCGGUUUGCACCACUCUAUUCUCGAAAUACGACUUCUGUGGCACGGGUUGAAUGUUCUGUCCGUGAAUGUCCCGGUCCGUUGAGUGAAGUCAGUUCCAACGCCUCUGUUUUGGUGCGUCGUCCGAAUAGUAACACUCAAGCACGUGACCAACGAACUGCCGAAUCACAAUCGCGUCAUUCGUUGCUGAGUCCAACUGUCUCAUCCUGGCAUACAAAUCGUUUGGCUCUUUUGUCUGCGACACGUACUACCGGAGCGGGGUUUCGUGCCUCCUUGGUUCAGUGCUCCACUAAUGCGCGUAAACGAAGCAAUCGGUGUGCGGGUCUCGUCAAUCCCUUUAUGAGUGGUCCGACAAUCGGAGUAAAUCCCUGCGUACGACGGAAAUGCGCAUCUUACCGUGUAAUAUUUACAGUUCUCAUGUCAAUGUAUGAUUUCUCUUCGUUCACCGGAUUCGAACUAUGUUACCAACAAACAGCCGCAUAUCGUAACAUUGCAUCAUACUAUCCGCAUGCUUCCCUCCCUCGAAGCACUGCAUCGUCGUGCGGUAUGGCCCCGAUCGUCAUCUGUCCCGAUUCCACUCGAUCCACUUAUACUUCAGUCCAAUUGGCCGAUUCAAACCGUUCGCAUCCGGGUGCUCGUACUCCCACGAGAAAGUUUACAUCAACCACAAAUCCAGUAGCUCGACGACAAGGAAAUUCAGCUGUUUCAACUUGUAGAACAGCCAAUACGCCCCCCACCAAAUCCUUCUUAUCACCCCCAUCUCCUCAUCAGGCAUUCGUGGACUAUUCGACCAUAAAUCGUUGCCAUAUUCGAGUGGUGAAUCAACCAGAAACCCAGCAUCGUGCUCGUUACCAGACGGAGGGAAGUCGUGGAGCAGUGAAAGAUCGUACUGGUUCUGGUUAUCCGGCUGUACAGCUAGAGUCGAUUGGGGCUAUUUGA